GAAAGGAUGGAAAGCGCAGCCAAAAACCCGAGCCUGGAGACGGGAAUCAAUUAGGAGGUGCGAAGCAAUCGAGCGAAUUCUCUUGCGCAAUGCAAAGUGCGCUUUCCAGGGAGUCCGUUGUCCUACGGUACUGAGCGGCGAUUGCUUCCGAGUAAAGGAAGAAGACAGUUGUGCCAUUCUCGUGUGCCAUACCUACCCAAGGAUCAGCCUGUUGCUUUGACGGGAAUGAAAUAAUAAAUACGGAUACGGAGCAAUCACCUACUCGCUGUUGCUUUGCGGCCACCAUUUGGGCAGUAUUGUUUCCAAGCUGGGAUAAGGCUGUAGUGAGUGGCCGACAGACAGGCCAUGGCUGCAGAACAGGCCACAAAGUCGGAAUCUGGCCUCCCAUUGACUCUAGGACAACCCAGGGGCAAAAUUGAAGAUGGAGAUGAACCAGGCGGCAAAGGAGGGAGAGAACUGGAAGGAGCCAGAAAAGCUCCUCAUGUCCUCCAGGCUGGGAGUAUCGGCGAAUUUCUCCAAAGGAUACCAGAGGAGAAUUUGAAACAGGAACCAGGUGAAAGUUCACCUCAGCAGUGGGAAGCCCAGUGGCAGGAGUUCCUGAAGAGAGUGGAAUCCCCCCACUCAGGCUGGCGAGUCUCCCAGCUGCCAGAAGAGCCCACACCGUGGAAUGAUGCUAAGGCCUUUCUGGCCUCCUUCGAGCAAGUGGCCAAAGCCUGCCAGUGGCCCAAGGAAGAGUGGGUGGCCCGGCUCCUGCCAGCCCUCAGUGGAGAAGCUGAGCUGGCCUUCAGCAGACUCGAGGCCGGAGACAGAGAGGAUUAUGGGAAAGUGAAGGAAACCAUCUUGAGAGGGGACACCAUCAGCCGGGAGAAGAAGCGCCAGCAUUUCAGAGGCUUCUGCUACCAGGAGGCUGAGGGUCCAAGAAGGACUUACAACCAACUCUGGGAACUUUGUUGUGGGUGGCUGCGAGUCGAGAAAGACACCAAGGAGCAGAUCUUGGAGCUGUUGGUCCUGGAGCAGUUCCUGACCAUCCUGCCACCAGAGAUCCAGAGCUGGGUCAAGGAACGUGGCCCAGAAACCUGUUCCCAGGCAGUAGGGCUGGCUGAAGAUUUCCUGCAGAUACAGCAAAUGGCUGCCGAGCUACAGGACCAGCAGGCGCUGGCAGCAGCGGCCACCCCUCUCCUGGAGGUGAAGCAGGCUGUAUCUGGUGCUGAGAAGAGGCGGCUGUGUGGGGAGGCCAAGCAGGAGGCUGACACUGGAGAUCCUGUUUUUUUGGGUGAGCGAGAUGCUAGCUGCCAGGAUCACAGAUCUGCAAGACCGUGCUGUGCAGAGAAUUAUGAACAGGAUGGCUCUGGAUUGGAAGAAAUGUUUGGAAACUCACCUGGAAGAUCCCAAGAGAGUGUUUCUUUCCCAGCAGAUGAUGAAUGGGAGAGGGAAAGUGAGGAGGCACCCAGUAAGGUAUUGGCAGAAGAGGCUGAGCUUCCGCAAAUGGAUGCAGAGAAUAACCGUGAACUACAGAGGAAGGAGGGAAACUUCCCAACAAAGAAGUGGAAGAAGAAGCUUGUUCCCUCUCAGGGAAGUGAGUUGCAUGGUGUCCCAGUCCAACAAAAAAUAUGCAGAGCGAAGGGAAGGGAUAAGCAUCUUGCUCGUGGCAAAAGUCACAAAUCAGUAUUUAAGGCGCAUCAGAGAGUUCAUGUAGCUGAGAAGCCAUAUACAUGCUUGGAGUGUGGCAAGAGCUUCAGCCGGAGCUCAGGACUGACUACCCACCGAAGAAUCCACACAGGGGAGAAACCAUAUAAAUGCUUGGAGUGUGGUGAAAACUUCCGCCACAGGGCAAGCCUGAGGGUCCAUCAAAGUACUCACACAGGAGAGAAACCGUAUAAAUGUUUGGAGUGCGGGAAGAGCUUUACUCAGAGCACAAACCUGAUUUCACACCAGAGAAUUCACACCGGGGAGAAGCCGUACACCUGCUUGGAGUGUGGGAAGAGCUUCAGUCGGAACAACAUCCUUAUUUCACACCAAGUAACUCACACGGGAGAGAAACCAUAUAAAUGCUCAGAGUGUGGAAAGAGCUUCAAGUGGCGCACUUACCUGGCUUCCCAUCAAAGAACCCACACAGGGGAGAAACCACAUAGUUGCUCAGAUUGUAGCAAAAGCUUUAGUGAAAAAUCAGCACUUAUUCAACACCAGAGAGUCCACACAGGGGAGAAACCAUAUAAAUGCUUCGAGUGUGGAAAGAGUUUCAGCCGGAACAAUAUUCUUGUUUCACAUCAAGUAACUCACACAGGGGAGAAACCAUAUAAAUGCUCAGAGUGUGGAAAGAGCUUCAAGUGGCGCACUUAUCUUACUUCCCACCAAAGAAGCCAUAUGGAAGAAACUACAUAGUUGCUCAGAUUGUACAAGCUCUCAAAGCAAGAGCUUUGGCAAAAAAUGAGUUGUGCCCUUACUUGACACCACAGAGUCCAGACACAGAAGAAAUCAUAUACAUAUUUGGAAUGUGGAAAGAGUUUUAGAAAAUGUAGUUCACUUCUCAUUGAAAGGAUCCACAGAGGACAGUAGCUGUAUAAAUGCUCAGAGUAUGGAAAAGCCACCUGCAAGAGCAUAAAUCUUACUCCAAAAUAUUCACACAGGGCUGGUACUCACCAUCGAUGUAAUGUCAGUUUAACAGGAACCUAUGGAUUCCUGCUGCGUGCACACUUCUGCAGAGCAUUUCGUCAGAACUCAGAAAAUGUCAUGAAUCAUGACAAACUGACAUCAAUCUUAGCUCAGUAAUCUUCAAUUUGAACUUGGCUUGCCAAUCUUGGUUUGAUGUCAGUUUGUAGCAGUGGCAAUUUGAGAUUCCUGACAUUUUACGAGUUCUCAUUACACACUCAACAGGAAUGAACACAUAGUGGGAAUCUAUAGAUUCAAGUUAAACUAACGUUACAUCAAUCAUGAGAUGUGUAUAAUCAGUGUAAAUAUUUGGGGCAUGAAAUAACUUCAAAGAAUGCACUUUACUUCUCAUCAAAGAACCUACACGGGAAAAACUGUAUAAAUCUCUGGUACUCCCAAAAGUAGUGGGAGGUUCUUCUCAGAUUGCAAGAGCCUACCAGCAGGUGGAACUGCCAAAAUCACGCACCUCCCCUAUUGUGUGUGGGGUCAGAGGAAAAAAUUAUAGAGGGAAGGAGGGCGCAAACCUGUGUGAGUGUCUGUGGAUAGGGUGGUGUGUGUUUGUUCUCUGGAAGAGCUCUCUGUCUCAGCCACCAACUUUAAGGCAUCAGAAAAGCCACAGGAGAGGAAAAAAUCUCCUAGAUGGUCAGCAUAGAUAUGGUCAUUCUGCUAGAAAGCUUCAGUCUUGUUGGAGCUCCAUAAAAACACAGAUGUCUGCUCAGUUUAUUCUAUAUCCAGCUCAGGUUGAAUCAGGAAGGUCUCAUUCUGAAUGCAAGUAUGCACACACUGCCUUGAUACUGCCGCCCAGAACAAAACUCAUUCCACACACAGAUGAAAAAAAUUAGAGAGAACACUGUGCUGGAGAGUUGUGAGCAUGCUGUAGAGUUGUGAUUCCCACCACAAGUUCCUAGGGAUUGCCCAGAAGUGCUUAAAAAGCACAAAUUCAAAGUGUGGGCUUCCCUACCAAAGCAACUGCUAACUGAACCAAGGGUCACUCAUCAGUGUCAUGGCUUUUUAUAUUUAGCAGGGGGAGAGCAACUGGCCCUAUCCAGCCCCAGCACAGCAUCCCUCCAGUGGCUAUUGCUGGUGUCUAUCCUAUGUUUCUUUUUAGAUUGUGAGCCCUUUGGGGACAGGAUUCCAUCUUUCUUUAUUUUUUACUUCUCUAUAUAAACCGUUUGGGGAACUUUUGUUGAAAAGUGGUAUAUAAAUAUUCUUUUUCAUCAUUGAGAGACUAUACCGCCUGUUGAACUUCUGCCUGGUCACACCUUUAAAAGCCCAGUGCUUCUGUCAAGGGAUCUUUCCUGAAGGCAAAAAGUUGCAAGAUGUUCAGAGCUAUCAUACAAAUUGUUUAUCUAUUCUUUCUUUCUUUUUCACACUUCUAUCCCGCUCUUCCUCCAAGGAGCUCAGAGCAGUGUACAUGGUUAUUUUUAUCCUCACAACAACCCUGUGAGGUAGGUUAGGCUGAGAGCUACAUGACUGGCACAGAGUCACCCAGUGAGUUUCAUGGUCGAAUGGGGAUUCAAACUCAGGUCUUCCCGGUCCUAGUCUAACACUCCAGCCACUACGCUGUGCUGGUUCUCAAGGAUGAUCUUGCUCCCAUACACACACACACACACUGCAUGUUUCCACACUACUUCCUGGCACAAUCUUGUUUGUAUCACACUGAGCAAGGACUUCCUGUCAUUUUUGAAGCAUCACCUGCUGGACAGCUCCUGCAUUCUGAUCCCACCCUUUCCACCAGUUGUCACGGAAAUAAUAAUGAAAAGGGGCAGGUUCUUCUCUGAAUGCAAAAGCUGGUCAGCCAGUUGUGCUGCAAAAAUUGUACAAGGUUUCUGAUUGAUGAGAGUAAGAUAGCGGCAGGAAGUAGCACAGAAGCCUGCAGCUAUAUGUGUAUGGGGAAUAAGAUCACAGACGGAACUUGCAUGAAAGUUGGAACAUUUUUCAGUUUAUUGCUGUCUGAAAAACAAACAAACAAGGGAAAAGGGACCAAUCUGGUUUGCAUUCAGCAUUUUGUAACUCAGCAGUUUGACCACUUUCUCUUUUAAAAGACUUUCCCCUCAGCAUAUGUAACUAUGAAUCAAUUUUGAUUAAAGUUCCCUUACAUUUUCAGCAAAAAAUUUCCCAUAUCUGUGACUGCUGAAGUCACAUAAGAAGCUGUCAUAUACUGAGUCAGACCAUAGGUCCAUCUAGCUCAGUAUUGUCUUCACAGACUGGCAGCGGCUUCUCCAAGGUUGCAGGCAGGAAUCCCUCUCAGCCCUGUCUUGGAGAUGCUGCCAGGGAGGGAACUUGGAACCUUCUGCUCUUCCCAAAGCGGCUCCAUCCCCUGAGGGGAAUAUCUUACAGUGCUCGCACUUCUAGUCUCCCAUUCAUAUGCAACCAGGGUGGACCCUGCUUAGCUAAGGGGACAAGUCAUGCUUGCAGCCACAAGACCAGCUCUCCUCUCCUCAUUGUCACAUUGUGUUAUGUAUCGGUUUUUAGAGAAUGGUCCCAACUUUGGCCUUUGAAAUUCUGUUACUAAAAAACCUACUUUAAAUUAAGAUUGUUGGAAAGUCUGGUGUAGAAAAUGUUUUUGUUCUCAGUCUUAAAUUAAACCUGGCCUUGAGCAUGAAAUUCUUAGGUUGACAUUAUAACAAUAACCUUAAAAAAUUAUUUCAUGAGAUCUUGAUCAAUAUGAAGGAUAUUACUGAUCAAUAUUGUGGACUAUAUGAAGAACAAUAUUGAUUGUCCUCCAUAUUGAUCGCUACGGAGGACAACUGUCCUCAGUACCUUGAGGACAUUUUAAGGAAGACACUCUACCAUAGUGGACUGAUGAAAGCACUACACAACCAGGAAUACAAUGGUUUUGCUAAAAGUUUAUUUUCUAUUGGAUGUUUCCCCAAUACUGUUCACUUCUGAAGAUUAAUAUGCUCCAACAUUCAUGAUGUAAUGCUGAUAGGAUUUACUUUCCAUGCUGUGUUGGUGUUUUGGUAAAAUAAAGGUAGAUAAGAUAAACCUGUAAAAGGUUUGGAGGAAUAUUUUCCACUAGUUGUUAUUGCAGUAGCCCAAUAUGGAAUACUAGUUUCAUAUUAACUCUGGAGUUGGGCAUGUGACUUUUGCAAUUCCAGAGCAGAUUUCUUGAACUGUGUCCUCCAUGAAAGUGUGCAAUGGAAGCUUGCCUGGAAUCAAAAGAAAACUGACCUGUCAGGUUGGUAAAAGAGAUUUUUCCAAAGAUCUAUUUGAGUCACUUAGACUUAUGUUCUCAAUCUAUGGGAUUAGUAACGUGUGCUGUCAAGUCGGUGUCUACUCCUGGUGACCACAGAGCCCUGUGGUUGUCUUUGGUAGAAUACAGGAGGGGUUGACCAUUGCCAUCUCCCGCGCAGUAUGAGAUGAUGCCUUUCAGCACCUUCCUAUAUCGCUGCUGCCCGAUAUAGGUGUAUCCAUGGGAUUGCUCCAGGAUUAUUCUUCAUAAAUGGUUAAUGGUUCUGCACAUGUUCCAAGCACAGUGCGACAUAGAAUGCAAAUACACUCUGUGCCCAGCGCAUGCAUGCUCUCCAUUUAACGCAAAUAAAUAGAAACCCUGAAUAAAGCACACAUAUUUUAUUCUGUUUUUGUAACUUGAUUUGCCAGUGGUUUUUGUGCAAUAGGAGACCUGUCUAUGUAAUUCUUUGUUUCAGGAUAUAGCACACAGCACAGGUAUUUAGAAAUUAACCAGGCCUGAUUUCAGUGGGUGCCAGAUCUUUGGGAGGAGAGCUGGUCUUGUGGUCGCAAGCAUGACUUGUCCCCUUAGCUAAGUAGGAUCUGACCUGGUUGCAUUUGAAUGGGAGACUCCAUGUGAGCUCUAUGAGAUCUUCCUCUUAGGGGAUGGAGCUGCUCUGGGAAGAGCAGAAGGUUUCAAAUUCCCUCCCUGGCUUCUCCAAGAUAGGGCUGAGAGAGAUUCCUGCCUGCAACCUUGGAGAAGCCACUGCCAGUCAGUGUGGACAAUACUGAGCUAGAUAGAGCAAUGGUCUGAUUCAGUAUAUGGCAGCUUCCUAUGUUCCUAUGUUUGCAGCAGCAUGGGAUGAAGCCAUGGAAAAGUGGCCCCUACCCCUGCAACUGUGUACAAAAGGAUGCGGAUAUAUAUUUAAAAUAUAUGUGCGUGCACUUAUGUUUAUGUGUAUGUUGAGUGGCUCAACACAGUGGCAGAACACAUGUAUAGUGAUAGGCUUUAGGGGAGGACUAGGCAUAGUCAGGUUUUAGGGGAGGAAAGGGUGGGUCUUUCCUAAUAAGGGGGAAAGCCCAGGAAAAUCAAAACAGAAGGACCAAUCCAGUGGACUGGGUGGGAACUACACACACAGCCGCCUACAGAAGAAGAGAAAGCUUUUUUCUUAGUUCUGUCCCAAGAGUGCCCUGAGGAAGCAUCUGGCUGACAGCUGCUGGGGAAAUAGGAAGGCUGCAGUCUGUGAAUAACAACUUAGGACCACUUCAGUUCGAUGUGUGAGGAAAGUUAUUUUCCUUUCCUGUAUUGCUGGAAAUCUGAGUUGCCUAGUUAAUUAAAACUUUCUCUCUUACAAUCUGCUUUAUGAAGAGAAAAUUAUUGUUACUGCAUACUGUUGUUCUUCUCUUAAUCAAAUAAUAAACCUUUGUUGGUGAA